UGGCGGCGGUAUGAACGGUUGUGGAUCUGGUCGUGAGGCCGCUCUCCAUAAUGGAGUUGGCAAUGAAAUAUCCUGCAGAAAAAGAGAAGAUUAUUUGGAGUGGCCUGAAUAUUUCAUGGCAGUUGCUUUUUUGUCAGCACAAAGAAGUAAGGAUCCAAAUUCUCAGGUUGGUGCUUGCAUUGUAAAUUCAGAAAACAAGAUUGUUGGGAUUGGAUACAAUGGGAUGCCUAAUGGCUGCAGUGAUGAUGUACUACCCUGGACAAGAACAGCAGCACACAGACUAGACACGAAAUAUCCCUAUGUGUGCCAUGCUGAAUUGAAUGCCAUCAUGAACAAAAACUCAGCUGAUGUGAAAGGCUGCAGCAUGUAUGUUGCCUUAUUUCCAUGUAAUGAAUGUGCAAAGCUCAUCAUCCAGGCAGGCAUAAAAGAAGUUAUUUUUAUGUCUGACAAGUAUCAUGACACUACUGAAAUGACAGCUGCACGACGCAUGUUUGAUUUAGCUGGAAUUAUAUAUAGGGAAUUCAAGCCAAAGUGUAACAAGAUCAUCAUUGACUUUGAUUCAAUUAACAGCAGACCAAGUCAAAAGCUUCUGUGAAUUAAGUCUCAUUAAAUCUGUAGAAGACUGUGAUUAUCCUUCUCAAAAAGCUGCUAUUGCCUUUCAUCUUGAAGUUCCUUGUGACUUUUUAAUGACUUCUACAGCUAAAAUAGAGUUCUAAGAGUUACAAGGUCUAAAAUGCCCUUCCACACUCCAUGUCUUCCCCAUCCCUGCCUCAUCUUGUCAUAUGGAAUCUAAAUCUACUUAAAAUGUGGUAAUGUCUUUAUCAAAACUGCUUUAAAAGUAUAGGCCUGUGUUGAUAUUAAUCUUCACCUAGCAUAACACUACUAUUUUAAGAGAUUUUACAGAUUAACCAGAUUGUUACCUGGUGCCUUUGCUAUCCAACAAAUGGAAUAGCGUUUUUUCUUUUAAUUGCUAUCUAACAUCGUCAGAUAUGGGGAGUSGGUAGAGAGGGAACUGUUGGGCUUUUUCAUGUCAAGCCUAGUUGUCCGGGAGCUUUCAAUUCUUUGCUUUUCCCAGGAACUCGGAAGGGAACAGGGUUAAGGAGUAAAUCAUUUGGCCCUUUUUAUUUGGGGCUCCUAUUGGGAAUUGAUUUUCAUGUGAAGAGGGAAAUUGAUUUAUUGGUCUAAGUUGCUCCUAGACAAUCCAGCAUAGUUGAGUCUUAAAAUUAACCUGUAAGGAAACUGAAUCACUUCUUGUCCUUUGAGUGAAAUUGGAGAUACUCARUCCAAAUCCUUGCCAAAAGAUAUAAUUAUGGUGUUAGCUUGUUUCCCAGUGCUGGUGUAGUACCUUCAUUUUCAUAAAUGUUGCCUAAAAUAAUAUCCUUUUUAAUUUUAUUUUGAGGUCUGGGAAUAGAGUUGAGUUCCUUUUCUCUAAUUUGAUUUUUUUAAAUUAAAUAUGCCUAAUGGCUUUGUUUAGAUAACACUGGGAUUUUUUUUUUUAAGAGUGGUUAUACUUCAAUGAGCUUUUAUUUUCUCUGUAAAAGCUUUGUUUCAUAUUUUGGGACAUUAUGUAAUUUGGCAUCAUACCAGUCUUAUUAAAUUCUUAUUAAAAUCCA